UUUAACUUCAUCGACAUGUUGGGUUUUAUAAAGAAUGUUGCUCGCGGUUUGACAGUUGGGCCCAGCAAUGCUCAGAUUGCUGUGGUGUCUUUCAGCGAUACUGCCCGGAUAGAGUUCCAGUUUGGAGAACAUGAUGAUCACGCAUCAUUAGAAAAAGCAAUCAACUCUGUUAAUUAUGACGCAAUGGGUACAGCAACAAGUGAAGGGAUAAAGUUGGCCCGGGAAUCUAUUUUCAAAAAUAGCUCUCGGAAAAGCGCUACUAAAGUCGCACUCGUAAUUACCGACGGAUCUUCGGAUUCCUUUCAGGAAACUGUUAAAGAAGCCAAGACAACACGAGAGGAGGGAAUUGUACUUUUUGCUCUAGGAAUAGGGAAUAUAAAUAAGGCAGAGUUGUAUGCCAUAGCAAGUCCACCAGACUGUACCCACGUGAUCAUAUUGGCGGGGUUUUCAGAAAUCGACAACGUUGUUCAAGAAAUCAAGAAAUCUGCAUGUCGAGCACCAAUAGUUGUGGAUUCUAACAGUGUAGUGGGUAUAAAUGGAACUAACGUGGAUAUACACGGGAUCAGACUGAAUGUUACUUACAAACACAGUAUCCACACCACUACAACGCUGGCCUUUGUCACACAGAAAAGGGACUCAAACAUCACAGGGUCACACAAUGUGCUAGAGGUCAAGGUAAAUUGCGGUGUUGUUCAAGUGUACACUUCCUUCGACAACCCUCACCCUAGCUCCGUCUUCUACAACCAAAAACUGACCGCUACAGACGGACAUCCGGCACUUCUCUUCCUGAACAAGACGGCAGACGGUCGACCUCUGUAUGUGACGUCAGUGGGAACACCAUACGGCAUCAAGGGAAAGAACUGUACCGACGCAAACUACUUCUCAACAUUUGCUCAUAUCAAUAUAUCCAAGGUUGAUGUGAUAUGUCGAGAAGAGGGACUCGAACGACCGUGUACAAAAAAGGACUUCGAGCUGAAACCAGCUUUCAAGGACAUGGUGUGUAAGUCAGGCGGAAUGUCGGUUCCAAAUCCCUGUUCAACUACUGCUCUUCAGAGAGGAGAGUUUUAUCAUCCACAUCCAAACGACGACACAAAAUUCAUAAGGUGUGAUUAUCAACAGAAGAUGUACGUCAUCCAGUGCCCGGAUGGACAACAGUACACAAAUGGUUCAGAUUCCUGUGGAACAGCGCAGGUAGCAGUGGGAGGAGAUAGGGUAUCUCUUGACCUUGACCUCGUGAACCCCUGCACGCCACAAUCUCUUAUCAACCACCGGUUCUUCUUCUCGUACCCUAAAGAUAACACAAAGUACAUUCACUGUGACGUCUGGGGACAUGCUUGGGUGUCUAACUGUUCCUCCAGCAUGGUGUGGAGCCAGUCAAAACAGACAUGUACCCCGGAUGUCCACACCUCCACAAAUCCCUGCACACAGGACAAAGUGAAGCAGGGAUAUACCAUGUUCCCUCAUCAAGAUCCCCACAAGUACAUACACUGUGACAACGCCCUGAAUCCCUGGGUUCAGUCCUGUACCCCGAAUACAGUGUUUAACUUUGCUUCCCAGAACUGUGUUUGGGAAACUGCACCUGUUGGGUGGAAGAUGGAUGCCAACAAGAAAGUCCUUUCUUUGGCAGUAGUAAUUUUUGCAUUGUCUUUGAAAUUCUGCUCGUCUGCUGUCGACCGGACGCGGGAAGAUCGCGCGGUGGGAGCAGACAUUGUUCAGGCAGUCGUGGACAUUAUCAGAGAAAACUGCAUCUAUCCAAACGACCGGAUCUUUCUCAGAAGACUUGCUUUUGUCGAAUCAAAGGAUGGACUCAGUACAGAUACGUUCAGGCCUCACUUUUACGGCGGGAUUUGGCAGAUACAAAAAUCAGAGUUUGAGUCCACUAAACACUGCUACGGAUUGGAAGACAUGUGUCUGGCUAUCAAGGAAAAGCUACACAUUGACUGGAGGAGAACAGUCUGGCAGGAUCUCACCAAACCUCUGUAUUCCGGAUUAGCCGCUAGUCUGAAACUGCAGCAACUUGUCGGAAACAAUACUCCUGGUGUCCUAGAAAAGCAGGCAGAUUUCUGGGUGCACAACUAUCACAAAGGAAGAUCUGCCUCUCAGUUUAUAACGGAAGUAAACAAAAUCCCAGAUGAAAAAUGUCAAAUAGAUUUAGCAUUCAUGUUGGACGGAUCAGGAAGCAUUGCAUUCUUAAAUUUCCUGCGAAUGCUGGAAUUUGUUAAAAAUACCACAAAACAAUUCGAAAUUGGGUCUGAUGCAGUUGAAGUGGCGGUCAUCUCUUUCAGUGAUUAUGCACGUGUAGAGUUUGGAUUUGGACAAUAUAAUACUCAUAGUGGACUUAAUAUUGGGAUUGAUAACAUUCAGUAUGAUGCUGGAGGGACAAACACUGCCUCAGCCAUCCGUGUUACUAGAACCUCUGUCUUCGGCUACAACUCGAGACCGAAUGCAGUAAAAGUUGGACUCGUCAUCACAGAUGGUUACUCAAAUUAUUUUAAUAGCACCGUCCAGGAAGCUUUUUACGCUAAAGAGGAUGGUAUUGUUCUCUUUGCAAUCGGAAUAGGAAAUGUCAAUGAGGUAGAAUUAAAUGAGGUAGCAAGUAGUCCAAACUGUACUCACGUUUUCUUCAUUACUGAGUUUUCCGAUAUUGACACCCUGGUGUACGAAAUAAAGAAAGCUGCAUGUCGAGCUCCGGUUGUGAUAAAUCUUGGUCAAACCAAGCCACCCGUCACAGGUCCGGUAACUGAUAUAUUCGGAUCAACCAUAUCACCGACUGCUACAACGGGAAAUAACGGAGGAUCAAAGGGAAUAGAAAACAACAUUACGGCCAAUGGCACGAAAGUCACAAUAUCUGUACAAACUGACAUCCACAGUAACCAGAACAACAAAACUUCUACAAACACCAUGAUGAAUGUGUCUGUGAACUGUGGAAUUGUCCAUGUGUACACUUCCUAUGACAAUCCCCACCCCAGUCCAGUCCUGUACAAUGACAAACUAACAGCUACUGAUGGUCAUCCGGCCGUUCUUUACAUUAACAGAACCGUAGACGGGCGCCAGUUAUAUGUGACUUUUGUUGGAACAAAACUCCCUCCAGAAGCAGCUGGUCUGAAAAACUGUAGCGAUGCCAAAUAUCAAGCAAUUUUUAUUACAGAAAACAAAACAGGUAUUAACGGGCUUGUGAUUGCAAAUCCUUGCACAGCCACUGCUAUACAGAACAACGAGAUGUACCAUCCCCACCCCUAUGACGACACCAAGUUUAUUAAGUGUGACUAUCAACAAAAGAUGUACGUCACACUGUGUCCCAGUGGAGAAAGAUAUCAUCAGGGUUCCCAUUCCUGUGGAUCCACCACUGCUACUAUAUCUAAAGACAAGACUCCACUGGACCCUGACCUGUCGAAUCCCUGUACUGCGCAAGCGCUGAUGAACCACCAAUUCUUCUUUGCAUACUCCAGAGAUAAGACAAAGUUCAUUCACUGUGACGUAUGGGGUCAUGCAUGGAUCAUGCUAUGUGCUUCAAAUUUAGUUUGGAAUCAGCAGAGUCAGACCUGUAUUGAAGAUACACACACCUCCUCUAACCCUUGUACCCAGGAUCAGUUAGAUAAAGGAAUCACAAUGUUUCCACACCAAGACCCCCACAAGUACAUACACUGCGAUAAUGGACUAAAUCCCUGGCUGUUCUACUACAGUAUUUUCUCGGGGAACUUAAAUUCCCUUGCCGUAUUUGAUAAAGCUCUAGAUGUUUUGCAGACAAUUCUUAAAACAGUUGGUUGGCUUAUCCCUGAAAUGUCAGGGACUACCUGUGAUCCAGUGGCAAAGUACCUCGGAGCCGUCAAAACUUGCAGAGAAGCCGGUGGAGGCCAUGAUAAGGGAACUGGAGUGUCAAUGAUGGAGACCGGAGGAACUCCACUCCACUCUCGCUUGCCUGGUGGGAGAAGAGGCAUAACCCCUGUCGACAAUAGCCUCAUGGCUCUCUGUCUUCCAUCAACAGUAGGGUGGAAAGGGGUUGAAAUUGGAAAUGCCAAUAGAAUUCCUUGUUGUUGUUCAUAUGGAAAGGUGUCUGCAAUAGCAGGACUAUAUAUGAUGUCACUCUCUUCCAAUCCGAUAGUACUUGCCAGAUGUUUGGACAGCUGUUUCCCUGGGUGUUUAACUUCUUUAAAUGUGGGUGGGUUCUUGGAACAACCUCGCACUCUUCGCAAGACACUCGCUAACAGCUUUGGAUCUUUGUCUAGUGAUCGUAAAGUUAGAUUGUACCAGAGGGUAGAGAAGUCAGACUUUGAAUCCACCAAACAAAAUUAUCGUCUUACUGAGAAAUACAAAAUCAUCCAUGAAAAGCUAAACAUAGCAUGGGAAACUGUGCAAUGGAGAGACUUGACAAAGCCACUAUACUCGGGCCUGGCUGCCAGUUUGGUUUUGGAGUUAAGGGCAGGGAGAAACACGCCUGGUGUUUUGGAAAAGCAAGCUGAGUUUUGGAAGAAUUAUUAUCAUCCAGAUAAACAUGAUAAAUCAACAGAAUUUUUCAUUUCUCAAGUUCAAAACAUACACAAUGUAUUUGUAUUUGUAGCUGACUGCCAGAUAGAUAUGGGAUUUAUUCUGGACGAAUCGGGAAGCAUUGGGAUGGAUAACUUUCUUGUUAUGCUCGACUUCGUAAAAAACGUAACUGAAAAAUUUGAGAUCGGUCCAGAGGCAGUAGAAGUAGCUCUUGUGAAGUUUGAAUCUUUUGCUAAUUUGGAAUUCGGAUUUGGUACCUACAAUAAUCACCAUGACCUAAAUGUUGCCAUCGACAACGCCAACUACACGGGUGGCGGUACAAAUAUUGCUGCGGGUAUUCGCCUGGCCAGAGAAUCUGUCUUUCGCUUUGGAUCACGGUCGAGUUCAACAAAAGUCGGCCUAGUUAUCACUGAUGGCUGUUCAAACAUAUAUGAUACAGUUCGAGAGUCAAAGUACGCAAAAGAUGAAGGUAUAGUCCUUUUCGCUUUAGGAAUUGGAAGCAUUUGUGACGACGAACUCGAGUCCCUGGCCAGCGACCCAAACUGUACACAUGUGUUUUUCCUCUCAGGAUUUUCUGACAUUGACAGCCUAAUCUAUGAAAUUCAAAAGGCGGCUUGCCGAGCUCCAGUUGUUAUUGGCCCAUCUCAGACAGUUACAUCACAAAGCAACGGGACCAAUAUUACCACACCAAUUACACACACAAUAAAACAAACUUUAAGUCAAAACAAAACAGAUAUAAAGACCGUUGCCGUAUCCACAAACAACACUGGGAACGAUACUGGCUUAGACAGUGUGAUGCAAUUGACAGUUAACUGUGGAAUAGUCCAUGUGUAUAUGUCCUACGAUAACCCGCACCCCAGUGCAGCUCUCUAUAACAAUAAAGUGACAGCAACGGACAACCAUCCUGCUGUACUUGUCCUGAAUAAGACGAAAGAUGGACGUCCACUGUAUAUGACGUAUGUGGGGACAAGCUUGCCUGAACACGCAGCUGACUUGAAAAACUGUAGCGACGCUCACUACGUGACAACGAUAUCGUAUGUUAACAAAUCAGGAAUAGAGAUAGUCUGCCGCCAAAACGGACAUGAGCGUGAAUGUACAAAACUCGACUUUCAACUCAAUGAGAAAUAUAAAGAUUACUUAAAAUGUAGUUCCUCAGGUCUGGAUGGAACACCGGUGCCUAACCCAUGUACCACGGAAGCAAUUCAAAAUAACGAGCUUUAUCAUGCUCAUCCAUAUGAUUAUACAAAGUUUAUCAAAUGUGAUUAUCAGCAUAAGAUGUACAUCACUCAGUGUCCGCAGGGAGAACGGUAUUCACAGGGUUCACAUUCUUGUGGGUCCUCAACAGCCACCAUUACUGGAGACAAGACCCCGCUUGACCCGGAUGUGAAAAAUCCCUGCACCGCACAAACACUGGCUAACCAAGAAAUGUUCUUCCCAUAUGGCAAAGAUAAUUCAAAAUUCAUUCAUUGUGAUGUGUGGGGGAAUGCAUGGGUCAUGAACUGUCCACAGAAUUUGGUAUGGAACCAAAACAAUCAUGCUUGUAUCGAAGAUACACAUGUAUCGUCUAACCCCUGCAUUAAAGACCAAAUAGACCGAGGCAUCACCAUGUUUCCUCACCCAGACCCCCACAAGUACAUUCACUGCGACACUGGACUAAAUCCAUGGGUUCAGUCUUGUGUUGGAGGCACUGUGUUUGAUUUUAAAACACAAAACUGUGUGUGGGAAAAUGCUCAGUUUGGUAAAUAGAAAUUGCUGGAUUUAUUUUUAUAUUCUUGUUAUUAUUUGAAAAA